AUGUCGAGAAGCCGCAAACAGAGCAACGUGCCUGCUACAACCCAACAAACAACUCCCGUCCCGAUAGCUCAGCCGACAGACUCGUAUAUCCCACCUUUCUUGGCGGCUCAGGUACCUGAACUAGAAUCUUACAAACAGUUAUUGGAAGCGGAAAGCAAGAUAGACAUCUAUAUCAGCCGCAAAAAGAUUGACCUCUACCAGUCCGUAUCUCAGUGGAAUAACCUAAAACAGGAAACGCAGGAAAAACAGUAUCUGCGUAUCUUUGUCUCUAACAUAGCAGAAAAUCAACCAUGGCAAAACCAAGAGCCAGGAGUACAGCCUUCAUGGACUUUGCGGGUCGAAGGUAGACUUCUGAAUUCACAGGACGUGGGCGAGCCGAUUAGACCGAAAUUUAGCACGUUUCUGCAGGGCAUUGCGGUAGAUUUCAAGAAGCCGGAGACUAUGAACAGUGCAGCUUACGUCGCUGGAGAAAGUGGCCAGGAUAUCUCGGAGCAGCAGCAAAACCCUAACGAGGUUCCUUCAAUUGUGGAAUGGCACUUUGAUCCUGCGAACCCUGCUGAUUUUGAUGGUCUUGAUAUCAAACGAGAUGGUUCCGAAAACAUCCAGUGUACAAUAGUUAUUCAGCCCAGAGGUGUGACUGGAGAAUGGAUCCAGUUUUCGCCCCAACUUUCUUCAAUAAUUGGAAUGUCCCGUGGCACGCUCCAUGAGGCAGUUUACUCUUUAUACAAGUACAUUCUGCUCAAUGAUCUAUUGAGCGACGACGAGCCCGAUGUGCAAUCUACGACGCAAGCAGCACAAGCCUCCCCAAACAAUACGAGUGGUGAAAGAACCAUUGUCAAGAUCGACAAGUAUUUGGCAGCGCUUUUCCCUGAGGAACGCAAGAGAAUGAAACUGGGAGAAAUUCCAACAUUAGUCAAUCGCCACAUCUCGCCUUUGCCACCCAUCAAAAUUGAUUACACCAUUCACGUUGAUAAGGCGUCUACCUAUGGUGAGACCGUGUUGGACGUUGAAGUGCCCGCGAAAGCAGACGAUGAAGUUGCCCGUCAAGGCAUGUCUCUACUGGCAGAAUUGAAUAAACUCAGUACUACCCUGGAACCUCAGAUGCAGCAGUUGAACCAGGAGCUCAACAUUCUGCAAUUGCAACUGAACUCUAGCGCCAACAAGCACCAAUUCUUCCAAAAGCUAGCUAGCAACCCGGCUCCCAUGUUAGAGGAGUAUAUACAAUCCUCGUCCAGAGCUUUGAAAGUCUUGAGCGGUGAUGAUGGGUUCAAUGAGGACACUGUGAGAAGGGCUCCGUUCUACAAAGAAAAUGAAGCAAUGCUUUUCGAAAACUUGGGUGUGUUGCUGUCAAAUGGGCGAAUGUGA